AUGCCAGAACCGUCCAGGAAACCGUCAGACCAGGAGCAGGAUCAAUCAGAGACGGGUCCACCAACAAGCAAGAGAAGACGUAUUGGUUUGGCAUGCAAUGCCUGUCGGUCACGCAAGUCGAGAUGCGAUGGACAGCGCCCGUCGUGUUCCUCGUGCCUGACCCUUGGCUUUGACUGCUUGUACGAGCCUGGUGACUCUGCCACGAAUGUCAUUGUUCGCAAAGAUUAUGUAUCCGACCUCGAACAGCGCGUCAGCUCUGUCGAGCAUAACCUCCAGCGGUUGAACGAUGUCCUCAAGGGUCAUCUCUCGCCCUGCAUCAACACGAAUACCUCACCAUGCCGCCAUGGAAGCAUCAACGCUGGCCACUCUAUGCCUUCACCUGCGCCCACUGCGCCGACGAAAGCGUCUGCCCCUUCUGGAGCAGGUACGGGGACGUGUGCUACGAGCCUGGAAGAGCCUCAGGACGAGGAAGGCAUCCCCAAUGGAAUGGCCAUGACGUUUGUCGAGGAAAAGACAUCGGCGUUUUAUGGCGAAGCCUCCAACAUUAACUUUACGCAACUGCUUCUUCGCGCCAUCGCGGUUGCGCAUCACUCACCGGGCGCGCCGUCCGGGCUCGACAGAGCUUCUGUAUUAGGAGAGAGUGUUGUUGCCAGUGUCUCCCAAACCAAAGGCUCUCUGGGAGGCUCAGCGACACCGCUAGACUCAUUACCCACCGCCCUGCCAUCUGUCGAGGAGAUGGACACUCUGCUUGAUCUAUACUUCGAUACAGCUGGUGUUGUUUUCCCGUUCAUCCACGAGGAAACAAUGCGGAAGACAUACAAUGAAUGCAGGCUCAACGGCUUCACCCGAGCGCGCAGAACGUGGCUUGGAACUCUGAACAUGGUAUUCGCUAUGGCGAGUAAUUUUGACAGGGACUACACCACAUCAUCCAAGAAGCGCUUCGAAAGGUCCAACGUUUUCUAUAAAAGAGCCCUGGGCCUCUGCAAUGAGCUAUCGAAGCGUGUCAUAAGUUUGGAGAUCGUUCAUUACCUGAUCUUGGUCGUUCUUCACUGCCAGGGAACUUCGCGCUCCGUGCAGGCCUGGAACAACUACGGCCUUGUCAUUCGAUCGGCUAUGGCGCUAGGACUUCACAGCGAGUCGACUAAGAGGUCACUUGAUCCUGUACAGAAAGAGUAUCGUCGUCGGACUUGGGUGGUCAUAUACUGCCUUGACAAAGUACUAAGCACGGCUGUGGGUAGACCCGCGAGCAUACCAGAUGAGCAGAUGACGAGGCGGGAGCUAGCAUCUGGAUGGUCACCGGCGAAUUCUGGCGAUGUCUCCGACCUACCUGGCGAUUUCUUGGCCGUGUCGUUCAAGAUGUAUCAGGUGACGAGCAAGUCUCUCGCCAUCCAAUACGGCGCAAAUCUCGAUCAUGACUCGGACCCUGAUGAUGAGAUGGCCCAUCUUAAAGCCUCAGGCGAGCUCCGCAAGCAACUCCGGCUCUGGGCGGCGAAUCUUCCUCCCCAUCUUCAACUUUGCGAUAUCGAGUCGGAUGCUCUUUUGCAAAACACAAAAGCGAAUAGACUUCGUGUUAUUCUCACGAUGAGAUAUCAUAAUCUGAGUAUCCUCAUUCAUAAACCGCUGCUCAGUGCUACUAUUCGACACCUCUUCCGGCAUGAUGAUACAUCGGAUUCGAGUUCAUCGUACUUGAUACAGCUUGCCAUGGCCGAAGCUCAUGAAUGUGUUCGGUCGGCACAACUUACAAUCGAUAUUGUUCACUCCGUCAUCAGUGUAGAUUCCACGAGUAAGAAUAAUCUUGGCGUAUGGUACUUUACUCUGUACUAUGUCUUCACUGCCUCACUGGUCAUCUGUGGGCGAUUACUUUGGGCACAGCAUGGAGACGCUGUAGUAGACGAAGCAUCCGUCAGUCACAUGAAGUUCCUCCUCAGCAAAGCAGAAACCAUAUUUCUCAACUUGGAUCACGAGAAUAGUCUUGUGCUGAGCUGUUUUGAGUAUAUCCGAAGACUCUCGCGAAUGUGCGGUGUCAAAGAAACUGGCCCGGAUGCUGCAUCAGCUUCAGUUCAUGACAAUGGGUCGAGCUCUACUGGCUCUGCGGACGCUAUGUCUUUCAAUCUCGAUAACAUGGAUCCUUUUCAGCUUUUUGCGUCGGAAAUGUUUGACCCGGCUAUUUUUGACCAUUUUCAUCAGUCGCCUGUUGAUGUCAGGAUAAUCCCCGCUUAUUCCCCCAUCCCCAAUACCAUGGCGCGCCUCGAGGAUCCAACUGCCCUCACUCAGCUCCCUGAGGAGUCUGCCCGAGUGCGAUAUACUCCUUCGGAGCUGCAAGAUUACUUCAAAACCCUCAAAUUUCCUCAAAGGUUUCUAGACCUUGGCAACAGCGUGUUGAAAGACCCCUCGCUUGCCCGCACAAAAGAGCAUGGCCUCCCUCUAUUGCAGGCCAUAACACGCUAUCACACAUGCAACGUCCCUUUUGAGAAUCUCGUCCUUCACUAUGAUCCCCACAAGAUCGUCACUCUGGACCCUGCAGAGCUAUAUACCAAGAUCGUGACACGACGUCGAGGAGGGCGAUGUAUGGAGAAUAACAUCUUUCUCGGCACUGCUCUUCGCUCCCUUGGCUACGAAGUGCGUAACUGCGGUGGUCGUGUAUCACGCGCCAUGAGCCCCUACCCCGAGGUUCGCAAGAACCAAAGCGCAACUUACGAUGGAUGGAAUCAUAUGCUUCUUCUCGUGUUCCUGGGUGACGAAUGGUACGGCGUCGAUGUAGGAAUGGGGUCCAUGGGACCUAAUCUCCCUGUCCCGCUACGAGACGGCUUCGAGAGUCUUAGCAUUGCACCGCGCGAGAUCCGCAUUCAGAAACGCUCCAUCUCAGAGACAUAUGCUACGGAUCCUUCUCAUGGCACACAAAUGUGGUGCUACGACGUCUGCUAUAACCCAGCAGAGAGUGAAAAAACAUGGACGCCUGUGUAUUGCUUCACUGAGACAGAAUUCCUCCCCCAGGACUAUGAGGUCAUGUCUUGGUUCACAUCGACGAACCCGAGAUCCUUCUUCACCAGGUACAUCACUUGCACCAAGAUGAUUAUGGAUGAGGACAAGGAGGUGAUUAUUGGAAAUCUCACCCUGUUCAAAGACACUGUUAGAGAGACCAUUGGUAGUGACCGUAAGGUUGUCAAGAAAUUUGAGACGGAAGAAGAGCGUAUCCAGGGUUUGGUGGAGAUUUUUGAUGUCAACUUGACGGAGGAGGAGAAGAACAGUCUUCCUGAAGAGAAGAGACUUCGGUAG